AGUGUUUUAUCACAAAGAAAGAACAAGACAGUGAGAAAAGCAAGUGUUGUUGUGUUGUGUUGUGUUGUGUUGAGACAAGAAAAGAAGAGAGACAUGACUAAGUGGUGCAUCUUGGUGCUUCUUGCUCUUGCAGUGGUUGCAAGUGCCAGAACCAUUCCCAGCGACGCUGCUUUCGGGGACCAGAAGAACUUCCUCGGCUACGGUUUUUCAGGAGUCGGCAACAAUGGGCUUCCCUUCGCAGGAAUUGGCUCGGGCUUUGACGGUAGCAUGGGUGGGCCUUCUGGGAUCGGAGGAUUUGGAGGAUUCGGCGGGCCCGGUGGGUCUGGUGGGCUUGGCGGUCUCGGAGGCACUGCCGAAGGUGAAGGGCCCGGCAUUCCUCUCCCUUGAGCCCACACUCCUUCUUCCUGUUUGUUACUUUCAGCUGCUAUUAUAUAUAGCCUAUAACUGUCUUUCUUUUGUUUUAUUUCCUGAACAAAAUAAUUGUUCUGUGAGGUGUGUGUAACCAGUGUGUGUUAUGGUUCUUAGUUUUAUGGGAUGCUAUUUUUACUUCGAAUUAGAACAUGUAUGUUUUUUAACAUCUACGUGUGUACGCCUUCUCUAUAAACUUAUUCCAACUUUCUCUCUUC